AUGUCUAAGAGAAUUAUUGUGUAUAAUGUUUCAGCAUCUGCUUCCGAAAAAAAUGAAACUGCUGCAAAAACUGCCUUAAUGUUGACUAAUUCCGUUAUUGGUGACUCUCAAAUAACCGUCGAAUCCGCUGAUGACAGCUCAACUGACGGCAUAAGCCGAGAGGAUAAG